CCCCUAUCUAUGCCGUCGCGCAGAACGAUGCAUUGGACUCACUUGACACUUUGUAUAAAUCCCUUGAUGAUCUGCACGGCAUUGAUGCCACCGUUCUGAAUGCAAAGUCACAUAAGGACGACUUGGAAGCCAGAGUGGGGUGUCAUUCAUCCUCCUCAAAGUAUCAUCUCCUAAUGCCGUCUCAGCUAGUUCGCAGCUUCCGAGAAAACCGUACAUGCCGUUGUACGGGAAACAGACUCGUCUGCUCGCCGUUAUAUUGACGAUGGCCUCCGUUUUACGGCUACACGUGUUGGCUUCACGGACAAGCAUGCCACGCUCGCUUUGACCUUACUCAAAGACAUCGAGUCUCAUCAUCGCUUUUCGAAAGAGCUCAAGACCGUGAAGUCAUAUGUAUAUAUCGUAGAGCACGCGCUUGCUCUCAGUGAGUCGGCUAUAGCAGAGCUGGAAACCGCUUCCUCGUUUCUCUCCUCCUCCUCGCCUGCAAUGAAAUCUUACCGUUCUCUCGUGUCUUUCUUUCGGUCUGUCUCAACUGCAUGUGGUGCCCACCCACCCAACGCUGCAGAGCCAAACUAUCGACAGCCGCACCUGGUCACGUUCCUGCGCAACGUGUGCGAUGCGACUUGGACACGACUUAAAGAAAUACUAUCCACCAAACUCAUUCCAGCAUCCGAAGCCAUUGGCUGGCCAACGUCUCUCCAGUGGUCGAUGGCAUCAACGGACAUUAGGGACUCAUUCGAAAGAUCGUUCAAGGAGUUGUUGGUCUUGCAGGAAAUUGGCGAAUCACUCCACAACGAAGACCAUGGCCUGCCAUCCGACACAAAGCCUGGCCUCUACUCUCUCCAAACACUCAUCAACCCGAUCGUUUUGCGCUAUAGGUAUCACUUCGAGAUGACGCGCGCCACCAACCGGGUGGACAGACCCGAAUGGUACUUGACCUAUAUCUUCAAUCUCAUCCAUGACCAUAAGCCAUUCAUGGAAGAUGUCAUUCAGCCUUGGCUUCAUGCCAGUGGGAAGAAAUGGUCUCAAGUCGAAGCCUGGCCGUCUUAUGCCCUCCUCCUCUUACCCUUGAUCCGGCGAAAACUCUCUGAUACGGUCCCUUCCCUGUUGGAACACCCCUCGAUCUUGGCCCACACAGUAGACGAAUCCGUCGCAUUUGACUUGAGUAUCAGGAACCUUGGCAUUAUUCCGGCCAGCUAUACCAACCAAGCGGCAGAAAAGGCAGUAGACUGGACAGUUAGUAGUGCUAUUCUUGACAGAAAGGAAUGGUUUGAAGCAUGGAUUGACUGUGAACGGAAGUUCACCGAAAACCGAUACCACGAUAUCAUCAGUGCACCCGAUGCUUGGCACAUUACGGAUGACGAUUAUUCAACUGUGGAGAAAGCUAGCCAUGUCGAGCUGAGACCAACCAACUCGGCUCGGCAAGUGAAGGCUCUUGUGCAAGGUCUGACAAGUCGUUAUUCGUCCCUCCCAGGUUUCACCCAGCGCACACGCUUUCUCACAUCCAUCCAGCUCCCUGUCAUAGAGUCAUACUAUACACGCAUAUCAAAAUCUCUCGAUGCUUUUGAAGUGCUAUCGAGUGUACUCGGGGUGAGCGGCUUGGUACCUGGAGCACUCGAUAGUACUGGUGGAAACUCCGGAGCGCGAGAGGGCGAGCAACAGGACAGUGGUUUGGAGGGUACGCAAAGACUGAUCAAGGCGCUGGUUAGUGCUCGCUAUAUCCAAGACGCUUUGGAAGGCUGGGGAGAGGACAUCUUUUUCUUGGAGCUAUGGGAGGAGAUCUGUCAUAGGGCGCAAGCAAAGGGGGAUAGGCAUACGACUGACGAUAGAAAGGUAGAAGACGAGACGCGUUUGCCAGAAGGAACUAUCUUCGAGGAACUCCUUGUGGAGUACGCUAUGCUUGUUGAGAGGGCAGAGAAUAUGAUCGAGAGGCAGAUUUGUGGCGAAGUCGAAGGAGCGAUCAGUGCGUAUGUCGCAGCGCUGGACGUUGGCCCUUCGGUAGACCUGUCCAGUUCGUCCCCUGUCGAUUACACGGCCCCUUCAUCAGGCCUCCACCCCGCCCUCGUUCUUCUCUCCUCCCAUCUCACGUCCUUGCAGCAAAAUCUCCCCAUGGGAACGGUAACAUCACUAUACAGACGGAUCGUCAACUCGAUCGCCGACUACUUCUGGAUGAAGAGGAUCGCAUCUCGAGGCCGGAUGCGAUUAAGCGAGGCCAAAGUGGUGAAGUACGAGUGCGAGCUGUGGGUGACGGUAUGCAAGAGUGCUAUGAAGGCGUCUGGAGGGAAUGCAGCAGCAGCAGCCGAGUCUGGCAUGGGCGCGAGGUGGCGCGUGGAAGGGCCGUGGAUGAAGCUUGUCGCUUCCGGGCGGGUGCUUGCAGCUGAGGGUGAUGAGUGGGAGGGGCUGGUGAGAGCAUGGAGGCUGGGCACGGACGCAGCUUGGGAAGAGGGGGUGAGGAGUGUUUAUGGAGACGGGUGGGACCGCCGGGUUGGAGAGGGGUCUGCGGUUGUGCUGGGACGGGAGGAGGGCGGGAAGGUGCUGAGGCUUAGGGAGGAUUGAGCCUGCGUUUGCUGGUGCUUAUUCUGGCUUGGUGGAAUUGAUCCAUUUCGUUUUCUGGA